ACUAAGAUUAGAAUUAAAAAUGUGUUCAGUGUUUAAACAUUAAUAAAAAGUGAAAAGAACGUUGUGCUAGAUAACAAAACCUGAUUUCUUAUAAACUCGCAAUAAAAUAAAUAAUCUAAUACUCAAGUUGACUUUAAGAAAGUGAAAACAUUUUAAAAGAAUCAAUACGAUAUUUUGGAUAAACAUUUACUUGGAAUCUCUCAUCAUUGAAAAAUGAGUACCAUGAAAUAUCUGCCAAGAAACUUUUCUGUGAUAAAUUCUAAAAAAUGUUCAACUUUUUACUUGUUCAUUGCAUUUCUGAUAAUUCAAAUUGUACCAAGUGAUCAACAUGGUCGACUCAUUGAGCCUCCUUCAAGGGCAUCAGCGUGGAGAUAUGGUUUCAACACUCCAGCUAACUACAACGAUCAUGAAUUGUUCUGUGGGGGUUUUACUCGUCAGCAUCAAACAAAUCGUGGAAAAUGUGGAGAAUGUGGAGAUGCUUGGGAUUUACCAACACCUCGACCCCAUGAAUAUGGUGGUAAAUAUGGACAAGGCGUCACAGUAAGAAAAUACAAUCCCGGUUCACAUGUCACUAUUCGAGUGGAACUCACUGCAAGUCAUAUGGGAUAUUUUGAGUUCAGACUUUGUGAUGAUAUUAAUGCAAAGCAGACAUGCUUAGAUAAGAAUGUAUUGAAAGUCAUAAGCGGAACACCAUCAACUGCUGCACCUAGUGAUUUGGAAACAAGAUUUUAUCCAAGAAAUGGUUCAAGAAUUUAUGAAAUAAAAGCUCAACUACCAAAAAAACUUGAAUGUCAACAUUGUGUGUUGCAAUGGAAAUACAUUGCUGGAAAUAAUUGGGGAAUUUGUUCGGAUGGCAAUGGAGCUGUUGGUUGUGGUGAUCAAGAAGAGUUUAGAGCUUGUUCUGACAUUGCAAUUGGUAAGGGAGCAGUCUCGAAUAUUCCAACUCUCAAACCACCAACCAAAGUCAAGCCCACCACUGAGAAAUGGCCAACAGACGAUGAAAAUGAAAUUGAGCAUGAUCAUGAUGAAACUUCGUCAGAUAACAAUGAAGACUUAUCAAACCCUCCACAAAAUUCUUCAAACAUUUAUGGAGCUAUUAUUGCAAUUUUCACGUUUUUUCUCGUCUUAUGUACGCUUAUUGCAAUCUAUAUUUACUUCUAUCAUGGCGAUGUUCUAAAAGGAGCUUUGCGACGGCAAAAAGUUCACCAUAAGAGCCCGAUUCUUAGUGAAAGAUCAACUUCAUCAGUUAGUUCAGUUUCAUCGUCUCUCAUGAAUGCUCCAAUUCGACCACCGAGAACAAAAAGACUUACACAAACCUUCAAAGACAUGCACCACGAACAUUCAAGUAUUAUUGAACCAGAUAACAAAAAUGUAUCUGAACUUGCCUGCUGCUGCACAUCGACUGCUGCAUCUUGUCUCUGCACUGCUUGUCCCUCUUGCAGAAAUUCUACUUCAAGCCGCAUAAUGUAUGCAUUAAUGCUUUUGUUGGGAGCAGCCACAGGGGCAAUCAUGUUGUCGGAUGGUCUUCAAGAUGUACUGAGAAAAGUUCCGUUUUGUGCUAAUUCAACAUCGACGACCUCAAUGAUCAUUCCGUCCUCGAAUACUAUUGAUUGUACCAAUGCCGUUGGAUACCUCGCAGUUUACCGUGUUUGCUUUGCUCUUAUGAUAUUCUUCGUAUCAAUGGCCGCUAUAAUGAUUGGCGUUCGAUCAUCUCGUGACGGUCGUGCACCGAUUCAAAAUGGUUUUUGGGGAUUGAAAAUUUUAAUCGUAGCGGCUAUCGCAGUCGGAGCUUUCUUCAUAAAGGAUGAAGCUUUUGGAACGUGGAUGAUGUGGAUUGGUAUGAUUGGUGGGUUUGGGUUCAUUCUUGUUCAACUUGUACUCAUCGUUGACUUUGCUCAUAAUUGGGCUGAUAUUUGGGUUGGAAAUUAUGAAGAAACUCAGUCUAAGGGAUGGUUCGUUGCACUUAUGUCAGCAACAGCAAUUCAAUACAUUGCAUCGCUUGUUGGCAUUAUUUUACUUUUCUCCUACUACACCCAGUCAGAUGAUUGCGCCCUCAACAAAUUCUUCAUUUCUUUCAACAUGAUUUUAUGCAUUGCUGUCAGCAUUUUAUCAAUCACACCAAAAGUGCAAGAAGCACAGCCUCGUUCGGGAUUAUUGCAAAGUGCCAUAGUUACUUUGUACACAAUUUAUUUAACAUGGUCAGCAGUCGCUAACAGUCCUUAUAGCAACUGCAAUCCUGGUCUGUUAAACGUCAUGCAAGGAAAUAAAGCUUCAUUUGACAAAACAAGUCUUGUUGGAAUGGCAAUUUGGAUGUUUGCUAUCUUCUAUUCAUCUUUACGAUCAGCCAGUGCUGCAUCUUCUUUUACUAAUUCAGAUCCUGAACGACAAGCUACCCUUUCACAAGAUGACAAGAGAUCUAACAAUGGAGACGCCAAAGUCUGGGACAAUGAAGAUGAAAAAGUUGCAUAUUCCUGGUCGAUCUUCCAUCUCACAUUUGCUUGUGCGUCUUUAUACGUCAUGAUGUGUUUGACAAAUUGGUACCAACCAAACUCAUCUCUCGCCUCGAUGAAUUCGAAUUCCGCAUCAAUGUGGAUCAAAAUAGUCUCAUCAUGGGUUGGUCUCACUUUGUAUGGAUGGUCAUUAAUUGCACCGAUGGUACUUACUGAUCGAGAUUUUAAUUAAUUUUAAUGUUUCUAUGUCUUCUAAGCUUUUCGUGUUUGAAUAAUUUCAAUCGUAGAUUUGAUUUGCAAUUUCAUUUUGUGUUUCGUACUGGAAGUGAACUCAAGAUGAGUUAAGAAUGCAGAUUAAACCUCUGGUUUUAAUGUUAAAAUAUUCAUUCAUAAAAUAUGCUGAAAUAUCCUUAAAAAAACUUUAAUCAAUUUACAAUGUUGAUACCAAAAGAGUUGCAGUGAUUAAACUCAUUAAUUAUAUGUACAUGUGAAUGUAGAUCGAACAAAAAUCUUAAAAAAUAAACAAAACAACUUAAAAGUUUUUGAGAAAUGUAAAAUAAAAAGCAAACAUUUUAAUGAUUCUGCUAACG